GCGGCAUACAGCAUGUUGACGUGUGUAAAGUGAGACUCUACCAAGCUACCCCUAACCACAUGUUUAGCUAGUCAUGGCUGUUUUCUUACCAGCUCCACGUAUUCUAAGGUUUACCUCUAUGUGAGCUACGCACAGGAUGGGAAAGCCGAAAAAGAAGAGUGACCUCAGCCGGGCUGAGCUGAUGAUGAUGACAAUCGCAGACGUCAUCAAACAGCUGGUUGAGGCUCACGAGCAGGGCAAAGAUAUAAACCUCAAUAAAGUAAAGACAAAAACGUCAGCAAAGUAUGGACUCUCUGCUCAGCCCCGUCUUGUGGACAUCAUUGCCGCGGUGCCGCCACAGUACCGCCGGUCCCUCGUGCCAAAGUUGAAAGCUAAGCCCAUCCGCACAGCCAGCGGGAUUGCUGUUGUUGCUGUGAUGUGUAAGCCCCAUCGCUGCCCCCACAUCAGCUUCACCGGCAACAUUUGCGUAUACUGUCCAGGUGGUCCGGACUCCGAUUUUGAGUAUUCCACACAGUCUUACACAGGCUACGAGCCUACGUCUAUGAGGGCCAUCCGGGCCCGCUACGAUCCUUACCUGCAGACCAGACACAGGGUGGAACAGCUGAAGCAGUUGGGUCACAGUGUGGACAAGGUGGAGUUCAUUGUGAUGGGUGGCACGUUCAUGGCUCUGUCUGAGGAAUACAGGGAUUACUUCAUCCGCUCCCUACAUGACGCACUGUCGGGACACACGUCCAACAACGUGGCUGAGGCCGUCAGGUACUCGGAGCGCAGCAACACCAAGUGUGUGGGCAUCACCAUCGAGACGCGGCCAGACUACUGCCUGAAGAGGCACCUCAGUGACAUGCUGGCGUACGGAUGCACCAGGCUGGAGAUCGGCGUCCAAAGCGUCUACGAAGACGUGGCGCGUGACACCAACAGGGGGCACACGGUCCGAGCUGUGUGCGAGUCCUUUCACCUGGCUAAAGACGCUGGCUUUAAGGUGGUGGCCCACAUGAUGCCCGACCUCCCGAAUGUGGGCAUAGAGCGAGACGUGGAGCAGUUCAUCGAAUUCUUCGAGAACCCGGCGUUCCGUCCGGAUGGCCUGAAGCUCUACCCCACGCUGGUGAUUCGUGGCACGGGCUUGUACGAACUGUGGAAUACGGGACGCUACAAGAGCUAUUCGCCCAGCAUGCUGGUCGACCUGGUGGCACGAAUACUGGCGCUGGUGCCGCCCUGGACGAGAGUGUACCGCGUGCAGAGGGACAUCCCUAUGCCACUGGUGAGCUCUGGUGUGGAACAUGGAAAUCUGCGAGAGCUGGCAUUGGCCCGCAUGAAGGAUAUGGGAACUGAGUGUAGAGAUGUAAGAACAAGGGAAGUAGGCAUCCAGGAGAUCCACCAUAAAGUGCGGCCAUACCAGGUGGAACUGAUCCGCCGCGACUACGUGGCCAACGGUGGUUGGGAGACCUUCCUGUCCUACGAGGACCCCGAGCAGGACAUCCUGAUCGGCCUGCUGCGGCUCCGCCGCUGUUCUCUCCAGUCCUUCCGGCCAGAGCUGAAGGCCGGCGUGUCCAUCGUGCGUGAGCUGCACGUCUAUGGCAGCGUGGUGCCCGUCAGCAGCCGCGACCCCGGCAAGUUCCAGCAUCAGGGUUUCGGGAUGAUGCUGAUGGAGGAGGCGGAGAGGAUUGCCCGGGAUGAGCACGGCUCCGGCAAACUAGCCGUCAUCUCAGGCGUAGGAACUAGAAAUUACUACAGGAAGAUGGGUUACGAGCUGGAGGGGCCGUAUAUGGUGAAACGCUUGGACUAGCUUCACGCUGCAGGACACGCGAGAUGAUCAUUUCAUCAGUGAUUUUUUUCAUUUUCUCAGGAAGACUGUAGUAGAGAUUUUUUGUCUGAUUUGCCACAGGUUCUGCUCCUGUUAUGUUUGACUGAUGAGUUGGGCUGUGUUUUACAGCCCACGUAUGGCAGACUUAGACGGGAGGUGAUGGGCGCCAUCUGCAAUCACACUCAAAAAAGAGAGAAAAUCUCAUUUUAUUUAUGUAACUAGUCAGUUUCUUAUGAAUCUAUCGUGUUUUCCCUUCUGUAUUCUGAAGAUUAAUUGCUAUUUUGGUGUUUUUAGCAGUAACAACAGCAUAUGUUUGUUUGUUUUUUGACAAAUAAAGGCUAUUUAUCUCUGA